GGGAGGGAGGAGGGGGCGGGGGACCCCCGCCAGGCCCCGCCGCUGCCGCUCCUCCUCGGCCCGGGCCCCCCAAGGUGGACUGUUCCAGUUACAGCUGACAUUUCUGUACUAUAUCAACAUAAAAUCCUACCCAGGAAAAAUGAUAAAAUUUUUCCUCAUGGUGAAUAAGCAAGGACAGACCAGGCUUUCUAGAUACUAUGAACAUGUGGAAAUCAAUAAGAGAACCAUUCUGGAAGCAGACGUCAUCAAAACAUGCUUAUCACGCUCCAAGGAACAAUGCUCUUUUAUCGAGUAUAAGGAUUUUAAACUUAUAUACCGGCAGUAUGCAGCUCUCUUCAUCGUGGUUGGGAUCAAUGAAACUGAGAAUGAAAUGGCUGUAUAUGAAUUCAUCCAUAAUUUUGUGGAAGUUUUGGACAUGUAUUUCAGCCGAGUGAGUGAAUUAGAUGUAUCCUUUUCAAUUCUAUGUGCCUGUUUGCACUCUACCAUGCAAAGCAUCAACUGUCUGAGCAGGGUUUAGUAAGACCAAGAUCAUCACUAAUGAUGAGUCCAGACAAGAUAGAAGGUUGAAAAGACUGUCCUCGUCAUCAUUCCCUUUUGACAGCAGCCGGAGACAACUGCCUCUUCUUCUUUUCUUUCCUUGAUCUCCCUUUUUAAAUCAAAGCUGCAAAGAGUCCUAAAAAGAACUAUUAUUUGCACAGAAAUCUUUCAGGCACAUUGAUAUUUGGCAGGAGCCUAGAAACAGGCUUUGUUUGGAUGCCGUGGAAGCAAGUUGAUUUUCGAGUUAAUUUUUUACUUUAAAAAAUUCUAUUUAUCACUGGGAGGUAAAAUAAGAGGCCGCUUUGAAAACCAAUCUCGCCCUUGUAAGUACCUAACUUAUAUUUGAGUAAUGACAGUAAUGUGGUAGCAAUUUGGGGUGUGUUUUCAAGGAUCCGAAAGGCUGUGAUGUUGGACUAACUCUGGCUGGCAGUUUGGAGUAGAACUCAUCCCAAGUCGUGAAUGUUACAAGGAGGCCAGUUUCAGCUCCAUCCAGGGGAAUCUCCUUACCAGUUUUUGAGCUAUUCUGACAUGAAAUGGGCUCCUUCUGGAAGCAAUGAGUGCCCUGUCACCAAAAGUGUUUGAACAGAGUCUAACCACCGGUGUGAGAUACUGGAAAGGGAGGAGUCCAUUUUUACCCUGAGUUUGUGAGAUAUCCUCAUUAAGAUGUCUAUAACUACUUCCCCUUCUCAGGACCUUUCCAUGCGCUUUUCACAAAAUGUCUCAGCUUUUUGAAUAACAUUUAAGCAGUUUUUAUCAUGCCUAAGUGAUGUUCCUGAAGCGUAGGUCUGAACAUUACUCUGCUGCUCAAAGAACUUUAAUGGCUCCCUAUUACCAUAGGAUCAGAUACAGAGUCUUCUGCUGGGCAUCUGAAACUCUUCCCAGCCUGGCUCCUGGCUGCCUUUCCAGCCUUAGACACCACUACAUUCAUGUGCUUUUUUGUCAAGCCAAACUGGCUUUCUUUUCCCUUCUUAUACAUGGCAUCCCAUCUCUAGUCCAGUCUCAGCCUUUCCACAGGCUGUCCCCCAUAUCCAGAACACACUCCCUUCUCCCUGCUGCCUCUCAGCCUUCUUAGUUUCUUUAAGGUUAGCUCAUACGCCAUCCCUUCUUCCGUGAGAACCUUUUCGUUUCCCUGGGUGCUAGGACCUCCACACCCAACUUUUGUUGUAUUUGUUUUAUAUGGACCGAUGUUUAUAUUGCAUGUGGUAUGUGUAGACAGAUAAAAAGCUCCUUUAGGGCUUCCCUGUUGCCUUAGUAUCACCACUGCCUAGCACAGUAUUUGGCAUGUAGCACUUAAUAAAUGUUUCUGGACUGACAGAUGCCUCCUCCACUAAAGUUUCAUUCCAGUGCUCCAUCAUGGUAUGAAGAUGAUUUGGGGUUCUCAGAGGUUCUAUCAGUGGACCACUGGCUCUGGAAAGCUUUGCCUUUGGCCCAGUGCCAUAUUUCUAUCAGUUGUCUAAGGAACAGUGCAGCUAAUUGGAGAGACCCUCAUCACCAGAUGAUUCAAUUUGGGUCCUAAGAGUUCAUAAACUGUGGAGGGAUUAUGAUCUCUAUGGAAGGACUUUAUGAAUAUUUGCCCAUCAGAAUGUCAUCAAUCCUCAGUCCUUUGCAAACAGAAAGGAAACAAAACACAUCGUGUGUCUCCUGUUCACUUCUUAGCUUCUCACUCAAGUUCAGGGCAGAAAACAAUCGUCUCUUUCCCUGUUUUGGUUGUCAUGGGCCCAUGGGAUACCCACUUAACCCUUACUCACCUGGCCUAUAGCCUCUGUCCUGGAACUCUGGGCAACUCUAUUAUUGUUAGUCCCUUAGAAACAGGACCAACCAACAGCCCUAGAAGUUCUAAAUAAAUGAACACCCAGGGUGUUUUUCAGAGCGCUACAUGCAUCUAGGUACUAGAAGAAACAUUAGCCUUCAGGCCUUUGCCUCAAUCACAGAAAUCUAGGUCCUCAGAAUUGAAAGCAAAAGAUAGAUUUGAUCAACCCUCCUUUAGAGCUUUAGUUGGUUGCCAGGGAUCUGAACGUUUUUUGAGCCAACGCCAAAGCAGAUAGGCUGCCAUUCCUGUGCCUACAGUCAUCAGUUCAGAAUUGCCUCAUUCCUGAGGUGACUUGAAUCUUGAAUUUCCAGGAUGUUGGGAAAUGAUGGUUGCCUGAGGACUGUGGCCCUCCCCGCCACGGGGUGAUGCCAGUGUCUAGCAUGACAACAAAUCUCAUCUGUUAAAAAAAACUGGCCAGUGGCCAGAAGGUCCAUCUGAAGCGCAGAUCAACUUCUUGGGCUAAAUAGAACACUCCCCAGAUCAGUUUGGUCCUUAAACUCACCCCAAGAUAUUCUUUUGUCUCUCCAAAAGCCACCGGAGAUGAGCAAAACCUUGUAGAGGUGCCGACUGAAGCAGCUGUUGACCUUUCAAAGUUGUUUACUAAACGGAGCAGGAUCAUUGUCCCGAGGUCUGUUUUCAUGUAACUUUUUAUGCUGUCCAUUUUUGCCUCUCUUUGUCAAAACCUUUUCAGGCUUCUGUGUCCUGGCAAGAGUGGCCUGGUGGGCGAGGCUGAGUCAGGGGACUGAGAUUCUAAUCCAGUUCCAGUUUGACAAUUACCUGGUGAUGAUCUGUAUAAAUGGAAAGCAUUAUUAAUAUGCCAUCUUGGAGCAGUGUUUCUUUUCUGGGUCACAUAAGGAUGUUUCCUAUGGGUCCCCAAAGAAUAGUUUAUUCUGAUAGAAGAUUAUUUGAAUGAAGUUUAAUAACUUAUUAAAACACAUCCUGGUCUAACCUGCUGGAUUCUAACAUCUCAUUUGGCGAGUAGCCCUUUCUUAUAAGGAGACCACUGGAGUAAAUACUGAAGGAGAUAAUAAAUUUCACUAUGAAAUGACCCCUCUCCUUAGGAAUCUAGUUGAAUCUGUGGCACAUCCACAAACUUAUAAAAAGAAUACAUGGUAAUUAAAUGCACCACAGAGACACAAAGGGCUAUGUGAGAUCCAAGCACUGGGGCAGGGAGGGAAGGCCAUUGUCAGCUGGAUGUUAGGAUCU